GUCAGUGUUGGACAAGUCGGCUUGGCUAUCUGUAACUUGUGUUUGUUGCGUCUUUUAUAAUUGUUUAAGAGUAAAACUGUUUUUAAUUACUUUAAUAAAGUAGUGAAACACUAAAAACUAUGUUUAGUUGUUAGGUCUAAAGAUACCAAACUCACAAUGCAUUAUUACUUGGGCGCAAUCUGCCUAGCGGGCUUCCUGGGCUCAGCUCUCGGCCAGUACAAUCAAAUACAGCGGGACAACUGCAUCAUACCGAAGAUCUUGCAGGGAUCGUGGUUCUCCUGGGAAACAGGCCUGCCCACGCUGACGGUGAUCGACGCCACCUCGAUGUCAAGCAGGGGCCAAUGCAUCAACUAUUUGCGCCAUAGGGGCGACGAGUACUCAUUCGUCUUUAAGGAACGCACCAAAAACUGCUACCACUGCGUCCGCACCAUCAUCCGCACCGUGAACGUGUUCGAGAAGUUUGAGGGCCCGUGCCUGGGCAUACCCGAUGGCCAGGAGCCCACCGUUGAGUAUGUUUGUCGCGGGAUCAAGGACGACCAGCAGCUAAUCACGCUCUUCAAUGAGAACUUCGUGCCCAUCAACUGCCGCUCCUCGCUGGAGGGGGUCUGGCACUUCACCUACCAGAACCGUUUCCGCUUCACUGGCGUGUGCGACAAGCCGGAUGCUCGCAUUCAGUCCUGCCAAACAGCGGGCACCCAGUUCCUCAUCCAGAACCAAAAGUUCAACGUUACCUACCAGCAGUGCGAGGGCAUGGAGGGUACAUUCACCGGUACUGUGGAGUUUAGCUGUCUGGGCGAUUGGUUUGUGGGCAAGAACCAUUACUUUGCGGUUGCCAAUACAAAGGAGUCGCGUAAGGACGAGAAGUACCGAUGCUUCCUUAAGAAUCGUGACGACGAUCUGUACGUGGGUGUUUCCAUUACUGCCGAGUGCAACACCCUGAAAACGCCAGAAACCUCGCCCGAGCGUCUCAAGCUUACGCCCGUAAAGGCGGAGUUCGUGGAACCCGGCUGCACGCUGCCUCAAAACUUCAGCGGCGAAUGGGUGAACACGGCAAACAUCGACGCCGAUGUCUCGAUCAGUGAGACCCACAUCAACGAGACCUACUACCCGGACAAGGCCCGCUAUCGUAAGACAAUCUAUGUGUGUCGGGAGCGUCGUGGCAAUCGUGUUAUGAUGGCUCGCCUGACUGUCGAUGGUUGCCAAAAGGAUUACGUGUGCUUUGAUUUUAUGCCCCGUCACCACAACAUUAUUCGCUACCGCAAGGGUUUGGCCGUGAUCAAGGACGAUUUCAGCACGGUCUGCUCGUGGGUUCAGUUUCCCAAUUCUGAGGCCUGGAAAUAUGACCUCUUUUUGGCCCGGAAUCCAGUUCCUGUUCGGUGUCCCGUUGCGGGUAAAUUCAACUUUACUCAAAGAGGAGAACAUCCCUUCAGAACGAGGAUUCUUGGUGGUGUCACUCUAAGUCCCCGUCCUGAUAUUCAUUGCAAGCAGAACAUCUCAGAUUUGUCAGUGUGCGAUACUGAUCAAAAGGAACUGGCGGUGGAUGAAAACUAUUGCCUGUCCGUGGAUCACUUGGGUCGACCUGUUGAUAUCUACAGUGAUCCGGAUUAUCGCAUGAAAUGCAUUGGAUUCUGGAAGGAGAAUCUAAAGUCCUACCUAAUUACCUAUGAUGAUUUGGAUCCACUGUCUAAGUACCGCUGUUGGGUCUACCAACGUGCCGAUCUCAACCGCGUCCUCAUGUCGCAGGCUGUGGGGGCCUUCUGCAAACUGGAGCAGGACGUGACCUCGUGGAAUCACUCGGAGGGCGCUGCGGUGGCUAUCGAUGCCGUGGAGUACGAGCGAGAACGCGACGACUGUCCCAUGUUCUUCGAUGAUGGAUUGAACCCGUGGAAGCCAUCGGACGCCUUUAACUUGGUCUUCGACUGGGACUUUUACCGAGCAGGAGCAGGGACGCUCGAUUUACAACUGACUGGAGUUAUUAUCACGACUUGCGCCCUGGUCAUUAGUUUAGUGGCUUAUUAAGAUCAAAGCAUUUUUUAAUUAUUCCGUCCAAUUCCAUCCAACGAAAUUUACAAAUUUACAAAAAUAUAUAGUGACUUAGGAUUAAUUGCGUGCCUUACAAUGUGAACUUUCGAAUGUCUCAAGCAAAUUUUUAAAUUAAUAAAAUAAUUAAAUCAGAA